GAUCAGGCACUGUUUUUUUCACUUACGCGAUGAUGUAGAAAAGAGAACCCCUGCAAGUGAGCAUUGUAUUCUUUUCCCUAUCAAACGAAAAACAACUGAAGAUGCCAUAUUAGAGGAGAAAAUUAAAAACUUUGUGGUCUCUCUCCUCCCGGCCUGUCUUUCUUUUCUUCAUUCUUAUUUUUUUUUUUCGAAAGUUUAUCUUCCUUCCUGAGCUUGAUGGGCAGAUAUAAACAAAUAAAAUCACCCCCCAUAUGUACCUAGCUCUUAUCUUCGAUCAAUAUUAAACCCUUGAGAAUUCAGUACUUUCUAUAUAGAUCUUUUGAUAUAAUUUCUAGGAGAGCUCCAUGCUGGGGGGUUCAGAUGUUUUAGGAAGCUCUGGCGGCGAGAGGGAAGUGGUUGCCAGAGCUCAUGAUGUUGACGGCGAUGAGGGGGUUGUUGUUGGGUCUAAAUCCGGCGAAGAAGAUAAUAAGGUUAACGGAGGAGAUCAUGAGGGUGGUGAGAGCAGUCACUGCGGUGGAAACCGAUGGCCUCGACAGGAAACGUUGGCACUCUUGAAGAUACGGUCUGAUAUGGAUGUGGUGUUUCGAGACUCAAAUCUUAAAGGUCCAUUAUGGGAAGAGAUUGCAAGGAAACUAGCAGAUCUUGGUUAUAAUCGAAGCGCCAAGAAAUGUAAGGAGAAAUUCGAGAAUGUCUACAAAUACCACAAAAGAACAAAAGAAGGUCGAACUGGGAAGCCAGAAGGAAAGGCCGCCUAUCGGUUUUUUGAUCAAUUACAAGCAUUCGAGAGCCAACCUAGUAGGAGUACUGUCGGAUACCCCAAACCUAAAGCAUCUUCUUCCACCAGAGUUUCUCAUAUCACUGUUCCAUUGAAAUCAAACCCUACAUUCAUUUCUCAGAAUCUGAAUGUGGCUGUCUUUCCAACAAUAUCAAACUCAACAGCUUCUCCAGUACAAGCAAAAGAACCUGCAAUUUUUUCAGCACAAACAAACAACCCACGACGCGGUGAUCUUUUCCAAAGCACAAUAUCUGCAAAUCUGUUUUCUAGUACAUCUACCUCCUCUUCAACAGCGUCUGAUCAAGAACUCCAAGCACGCUAUAAGAGAAAGAGGAAAUGGAAGGGCUUUUUCCGGAGGAUAGCCAAGGAGGUAAUCGAGAAGCAAGAGAAGCUGCAGCAGAAAUUCUUGGAAGCCAUAGAUAAGCAGGAAAACGAAAGAACGGUUCGAGAAGAAGCAUGGAGGAUGCAAGAGAUGGAACGAAUCAAUCGAGAACAUGAAGUGUUAGUCCAAGAAUGUUCCACGGCAGCAGCAAAUGACGCAGCAAUAAUUGCAUUCUUGCAAAAGUUAUCCGGACAACGCCUACCAACACAAGCACAUGAUGACAACAACACCGUGCUGUCACUGACAUUAAUGCCUCGGCCACUGCCGCCGCAAUUGUCGAACAAAUCCGAUCUUCAGAAAAUGGGUAGCUUUGAGAAUAUUUCUACACUAACGAGCUCAUCUAGAUGGCCGAAGGCUGAAGUUCAGGCUCUGAUAAGGAUUCGGAAAAGCCUUGAACUGAAGUAUCAGGAAAGUGGACCAAAAGGGCCAAUGUGGGAGGACAUCUCGGCAGGCAUGCGCAGGCUUGGAUAUAUCAGGAGUGCGAAGAGAUGCAAGGAGAAAUGGGAAAACAUUAACAAGUACUUCAAGAAGGUGAAGGAUAGAAACUUGAAACGGCGAGAGGAUUCGAAGACAUGUCCGUACUUCCAACAGUUGGAUGCACUAUACAAAGAGAAGAACAAGAUCGUCAAUAGCUCAGUCGUCAGUACUCCUCCUGGACAUAGUGUGAAGCCGGCCAGUUGGGGCCUGAUGGAGCCAUUGAUGGUGCAGCCAGAGCGGCAGUGGCGUCCUAUACAAGAAGACAUUAACCUACCGCAGUCGACGGCGCCGAUAUUGGGAUCAGAUAUUUAUCACGAUGAUCAUAGGGAAAAUGUGGAACAAAAUCAAGAAGUAGGUAGAGAUGCAGAUGAUGAUGAGGAAGAAGAAGAUGGCGGCGGCGGUAAUGAGAUGGUAAUAAAGAAACCUUCUUUAAUGGAAAAUAUUGAAUGACACAAGAUAGGGAAUUGCUUCUUAUAAGUUAAUUAAUAUUGUUAGUGGUGUUAUUUAUUCACAAUAAUACACAAUAAUUUAUAUUGCUAGCAAAAUGAGGGAAAAGUACUUUUUUUUUUUUUUU